AUGUCGCAGGUGGCCAAGAAGCUGAGGUUAGAUAGGUCAUGGGCCUAUGGGAAAACACAAUAUUCUGCUAAGGAACAAGCUCUUCUUCAAGUGACAAUUUCACUUAGCAAAGUAGAGCUUAGUGUGGGUGAAUCUAAAUUCUUCACAUGUACAGCAAUUGGUGAGCCUGAGAGUAUAGAUUGGUAUAAUCCUCAAGGAGAAAAGAUCAUUUCAACACAGAGGGUUAUGUUACAGAAGGAAGGGGUCAGGUCACGACUAACCAUCUAUAAUGCAAACAUAGAAGAUGCGGGUAUCUAUCGCUGCCAAGCAACGGAUGGCAAAGGACAGACGCAAGAAGCUACAGUAGUUUUGGAAAUUUACCAAAAACUCACCUUCAAAGAAGUGGUGUCCCCUCAAGAAUUCAAGCAAGGGGAGGAUGCAGAAGUGGUCUGCAGGGUUAGCAGUUCCCCGGCCCCGGCGGUCAGCUGGCUGUAUCACAACGAGGAAGUCACCACCAUUCCCGACAAUCGGUUUGCUGUGCUUGCAAACAAUAACUUGCAGAUUCUUAACAUCAAUAAAAGUGAUGAAGGUAUAUACAGAUGUGAAGGAAGAGUAGAGGCUAGGGGAGAGAUUGAUUUCCGGGAUAUCAUUGUUAUUGUUAAUGUUCCACCAGCAAUUGUGAUGCCCCAGAAGUCCUUCAAUGCUACUGCAGAGAGAGGAGAAGAGAUGACCUUAACCUGCAGGGCCUCAGGCUCUCCAGAUCCUACCAUCUCUUGGUUUAGGAAUGGCAAGCUCAUUGAAGAAAAUGAAAAAUACACUUUAAAGGGCAGUAAUACAGAGCUCACUGUCAGGAACAUAAUCAAUAAAGAUGGUGGCUCUUAUGUCUGCAAAGCCACAAACAAGGCAGGAGAAGACGAAAAACAAGCCUUCCUUCAAGUCUUUGUACAGCCUCAUAUAUUACAACUUAAAAAUGAGACGACGUCUGAGAAUGGUCAUGUCACGCUCAUCUGUGAAGCAGAAGGCGAGCCUAUUCCAGAAAUCACAUGGAAAAGAGCAGUGGAUGGCAUCACGUUUUCUGAAGGUGAUAAGAGCCCGGAUGGCCGUAUCGAAGUCAAAGGGCAGCGUGGACACUCAUCACUGCACAUCAGAGAUGUGAAGUUAUCGGAUUCAGGGAGAUAUGACUGUGAGGCCGCGAGUAGGAUCGGUGGGCACCAGAGGAGCAUGCACCUUGACAUUGAAUAUGCUCCUAAGUUUGUUUCAAAUCAGACAAUGUAUUACUCCUGGGAAGGAAAUCCCAUCAACAUUAGUUGUGAUGUGAAAUCAAAUCCACCGGCAUCAAUCCAUUGGCGAAGAGAGAAAUUAGUCUUACCAGCUAAAAAUACCACUCAUUUAAAGACCUACAGUGUAGGAAGAAAGAUGAUACUAGAGAUUGCCCCUACAUCAGACAAUGACUUUGGACGAUAUAACUGCACUGCUACUAACCGUAUAGGCACAAGAUUUCAGGAGUAUAUUCUUGAGUUAGCAGAUGUACCCUCUAGUCCCCAUGGAGUGAAGAUUAUAGAGCUGUCCCAGACUACAGCCAAGAUCUCCUUCAACAAACCCGACUCCCAUGGAGGUGUGCCUAUUCAUCACUAUCAACUGGAUGUCAAAGAAGUGGCAUCAGAAACCUGGAAAAUAGUACGCUCCCAUGGAGUUCAAACAAUGGUUGUUUUGAGCAGCCUGGAACCAAAUACGACUUAUGAAAUCAGGGUUGCAGCAGUAAAUGGAAAAGGGCAAGGGGACUACAGCAAAACAGAAAUAUUCCAGACACUGCCAGUCCGGGAGCCAAGUCCUCCUUCCAUACAUGGACAGCCAAGCAGUGGGAAGAGUUUUAAAAUCAGCAUAACCAAACAAGAUGAUGGAGGGGCCCCUAUUUUAGAAUACAUUGUGAAAUACAGAAGUAAAGAUAAGGAAGACCAGUGGCUAGAGAAGAAGGUUCAGGGGAAUAAAGACCACAUCAUUUUGGAACAUCUGCAGUGGACGAUGGGCUAUGAAGUGCAAAUCACAGCUGCCAACAGACUGGGGUAUUCUGAGCCCACCGUAUAUGAGUUCAGCAUGCCCCCAAAGCCGAACAUUAUUAAAGACACACUUUUUAAUGGUCUUGGGCUUGGAGCCAUCAUUGGCCUUGGAGUCGCUGCCCUUUUGUUAAUCCUUGUGGUGAUAGAUGUCAGCUGCUUCUUCAUUCGACAAUGUGGGUUACUAAUGUGCAUUACCAGGAGAAUGUGCGGGAAGAAAAGCGGCUCCAGUGGAAAGAGCAAAGAACUUGAAGAAGGCAAGGCGGCAUACCUGAAAGAUGGAUCAAAAGAACCAAUCGUGGAAAUGAGAACAGAGGAUGAAAGAAUCACAAAUCAUGAAGAUGGGAGUCCAGUCAAUGAGCCAAAUGAAACCACACCACUAACAGAGCCUGAAAAACUGCCUUUAAAAGAAGAAAAUGGGAAAGAAGUCCUAAAUGCAGAAACUAUAGAAAUUAAAGUGUCUAAUGACAUCAUCCAGUCUAAAGAAGAUGACAGUAAAGCGUAACUGCAAGUCUCAAUGGCUUGGUCAGCACCACAAAGAGCAAGGGGAUUUCAGUGACAGUAUGACCAAACCUAUUCCAUUGACCUUAAUUUCUGGGGAAACGUCUAGCUUGGAAUAGCUUGUACACAUAUACAUAUGAUCAACUCCUCCUGCCACAGUCCAUUUCCUUCUGUUGUUGUUGUUGUGGUUGUUUAUUUUUGUUAAGAAUUUUGGUAUAAAGGCUUGAUUGGCACCAGUUUUGGGGUAUCAGCUUGAUUCUAUGACUGAAGUACUACAAUUUAUUAUAUGGCUAAAGUGCUUUUCUUUUAAAAAUUUUGUCUCACAUGACACCAACAGAUGAAUUUCAGCUCCCUAGACUAAUAGGUUGUAAGUGGAAGGCAGAGCAAAAGCAUUGUGAGCUAAAUGUGUACGGAAGCCCUGCAUGUUCAUGAAUCUUAUCUUGGGCAAACACACGAUUGAAGUGGCUUUCAGGUUAAAAUGAAGGUACAUAAUAAAGGUUAUACUUUUAUCAGGAGAAUUUCACGGAACCUAGGCUUGAAGGAGUAAGUUUUGCAGAUAUUAGAAAUUGAAAAAAUGUUGGAGAACUCUUUUCAACUUAUGACCACAUUGCAUUUUCCACAUUGAUCUUGGAUACACUGAUACCAGGCCAAAAUUGUUACACAUCUAAAAGAAGAUUAGUUGUGUAUAAAAUUAGAUUAGAAAAACUCCCUAAAUUCUUUUUAUGUAUACCAUAUUCACUCACAGUGGAUUACGCAAAAAGUAAAUGUAUUACAAGUAAAAAUGGUAUUGAUUUCUGCCCUCAGCUUCAAAUAAAGUGAAUUUAAAUGGGAAAAUAUCAAUAUGCUGUCUUGAUAUAUUUAUAAAUACAUGAUUAUUUUUAUUUAUACAAUAAUUUAUCAAAAAUAAAGUUGUUUUCAAGUACUUCGAGUCAUAUUAGAUAUGUUUUGGUGUACAGAUUUAGAUGGUCAUUUUUAUUAUAUGUCCCUUAUUAAAUGAAAGUGGCUAAUGGACAUUAAAAGUACAUAGUAAAGUGAAUUUAUUAAACAUUCAAAUGUGCCAGAAGAGAAAUGAGCGAUUGAAAUGCUACUAUUGUUUUAUUUUCAAACGGUGUAUUUUAAAAUACAUUCUAAACCCAUUUUAAAAUAUUUAAUAAACAGCUAUGGUUGAAGCAAUCAUUUAACUAUCAACAUAGAUAGACUUUCUAAUUCCCUUCUUAAGGACUAUACAAGAAUAUGAUAGUUACUAACUUACACACUAUGCAAACUUCUUAGGUCAAAGUCUGAGCUGUAAUUUAACUCACGUGAAAGGAAAAACACAUUUGUGGCUGUCAAUAAACAUAAGUGAGCAGCAGAGUUUAGAUAAUUUCUUAAGUCAGAGCUGCUAAGGUUUCUAUGUUCUCUCUCCUCCUCAUGACCUUUGGUAUUCUGGUAUCAAGUGAAUAGCUCCAACAUUGAUGCAUUGGAGAAUACAUUCUGAUAGUUCAUUGGAGGAAUAUUUUUAAUAGUGAAGACAGACCUGCUUUUACACCAUCUCUCUUUAGAGGUCAUUUCAUGAAAAUUAGAUACCAUAUUAAUGCCACUCUGGAAUACUUUUAUUUAUAAAGUGCUUAAACUUUUCAUCCAAGGAGAGAAAAAUGAUUUAUUGUGUCUUGUACCUCGUCUGCUGGCUGUCAGCUAGACUGAAAUGUGCCCAACUGCAUAUAAAGAUGCUGUAAUCUCCACAGUGCUUUUCUGGAAAUUCAGGGUUAAUGCAGGGAUCUCUCCUUGCUGCCCAUCCUGGCAUAUUCUGAACACAGAGAGAGAAACCCCGCCCCCCAAAAAGAGAAAUCUGUGCCUAUUUAAGAAUCUGAGCAGAGACUAAAAUAAGAAACAAACCAGUUUAACCUUUUGACAAACUUGAUUAUCAAACACGUUCUUGAUAGAUUUGCCUGGGAUGUUUAGCUUAUGUUUGUCUGGUCAUUUCAGUUUCAGGUUUUAGUUGUACUUGAUUUUGCUUGUUUUAUUUUUGUACCAAAUGUGCUAAAACUAGUCGAAAUACUUGAAUUUGUCUGUGUAAAGUGAACAGGCUUAUUAGUGGUGUCUAUGAAGCAAUAGCCAUGAACACUGAUUUUUCCUGGAUAGAACCACAUGGUUUUAAACUAACGAUAUUAAAAUAAUUUGUAUGGCUGAUAAAGCAAUUUCGCAUGUUUAGAAUUGUCAUAUUUGUGCUAUACCACAGAAACAGAGAAUUCAGAAGAACAAAUUUUUUUGUGUGUGUUUUCUCAAUUUGAAGCUUUAGUUUCUUCAUGUCUUCAGAUUUUCUAUGAAAAGAAACUGAAUUAAAUUUAUAUACUUAGUGUUAAAUUUCUUGUCCAUCUUAUGGAGUCAUUCGGUAACUUUGGAUAGAGUUCAUGCCCAAUUUCAGUUGUUUGGGAGAUGCUGAAUCAGUACUGUCCUUGAAAUCAAUGCUCUGCAGACAACGUAUUAAUGUGGUAAUCAUUUUAAAAUUUCAAAGAAAUUCUCCUAAAAUGACACAAUUUGUAAAGUUUCCAAAUAAGAAUGUCAUAUAGUGAAUUCUCAACUUAUGAGUAGCCUGAAAUGAUUUCUUAUUUUUUUAAUCUUGUUUUAGAGUAAAUUAAUUUAUGUAACUUUUACUAUCUGAAAGUCCAGUUUCAUAUAAUAAUCAAGUGUCCACUAGACAAAAUUUAGGUAUUGUUAAGAUCAUCUAAACUUCAUGCCAAUUUAAACACAGAACAAAUAUAAGGUUAGGAGCAGACAAAAAAAUGACAAUCUCUAUUCGACACCCCAUAAG